AGGCGGCGGCGGCGGCCGGAGCGCCUCCGGGCUCCGUCGGCUCGGUCGGCUCAGGUGGACUUGGAGGCGACCGGGCUACGGCUGCAGAGGCAAGCUGGCUGGGCAAGAGCGGGCCGCGGAGCAGGCCUCAGGGGUGAACCAUUUGAUGUAAAAGACUUGACUCCAAAAUCUACAUCUGCCCUAAUGCUGUCAUCCGGAAUAGAGACUCAGCCAGUUCCACUUGAUUCCUCCAUGUCUGCCGUGGUACAGGAAUUAUACUCUGAACUCCCAGUAAGUGUCUCCAAAGAGCUUCAUGCUGAUUCUGAGCCAAGUGUGAUUCCGGAUGUAAAACCUGGAGCCUCAAGCUCUCUUGUAAGUCAGAGUAGGGCAUUGCCCUUGGAGCUGCAGAGGACUCAUGCAAAAUGUUGUGGUGAAGAAACCUGGGAGACCUUGAAUCAUGGGGGUGAGCCUGGGCAGUGUGGGCUAGUGGACUCCACAGCAGGAGGCUCUGUGGCUUCUGGGAUCUUGGAUAGGGAAGAGAACACCAAGAGCAUGGAGCCAAAGGUCUUCAGAUAUCAAGGGGACCAGGCGGAAAUUAUGAGAGAUCCUUGUGAGGGAGCAAAGGAAGACCCAUGUCAACAUUCCACAGCUGCUGAAGAAAAGAUCAGCCCAAAUCAGGAGAAACUCCUGAUGCAGUCCAGCAAGGAACUUUUAUGUGCGGACCUCCCUGAAGAUUUUCUAAGGAGCAAAGAAGGAAAUGUACAAAUUAUAACCAAAACUCUGCCAAAAUCCAUUGAAGAAGUACAAGGUAUGAAGGUCAGUGGCACUAAGAUGGAUAAUAAUGAAGGACACAAGAAUGGCAAUGUGAGUAAAGGUCUUUCAGCUGGGUGCAGCGAAUUCCCAGAAGUAAACAAAAUCAUGACCAGUGGUGAGGUUUCAGAAACCAACAGAUUAGUUACCCUAGAGCCUUUAACCUUCGUGGACCCUGGAUUAACAGAAGCAACUUCUAACGAGAAAGAUUGUGAAGAAUUAAAAACUUGUCCUUCUUGGUUGUCAUUAUUACCAGGGAACAGUGCCAUUUCCAAAGUGGACAGUGGGAAGGAUGAGUUGUGUAAAUUAAACCUUGUCUGUGAAGCAACUGACAAUCAUCAACAGAUUCACGGCCACCAUCAUGAAAAUCACAGUUCUGCACUUGAUGGUCCCAGAGCCAGAAGAAAUGUUGUUAUAGACCCCUUGGAAGAAAAUUCUGAAGUUUCAUGUUUCACAUCAGUUUUGUCUGAUCCAGAAUGCAGAACAUUAUCCUUAGAAAAAUGUGGUUUUAAAGGAGAUGGUUUGCCAAAGGGAUCUGCUGAAAAGACAGACAGUUCUUCUUUUGAUACGGAUGAUAGAAGCAAGAACUUGGCUUCUAGGGAAGAAAAUGAAGAACUCCUUUUGAAUCCCAGGAGUGAAAGAAGGGAACUCUUUCCUGUUAUUGCCACACAGCCAGAAAAGGAGAUUGGUCAUCAUUGUUGUGGUGGGAAAAAAACUGUUGAUUCUCCAAAAGAAAAUAUCCUCAAUAACUGUUGCAUUCAGGGCGGUCUCCAUACAGAGAGCUGUAGUUCACUAAUGCCCACUUCUUUUACUGAAGCUGCAGAAGUGAUGUUUAAAAAGAAUGGUUUGAAAAUAACUUUAGACAUUCAAGAAAACUUGACAAACUCUGAGGACCAUAGAGAAACUUUUAUUAAUAUGAGCCAUCCAUGUAGACACUCUGAAAAAGGCAAUUUUUCUUCCUUAAUGCAGGUGGAAGAGCCAGAAAAGACAACCACUGUAGAGCCCAGUAUGUUAAGUGAAAGGAUUUACAGUAAAGACUCUAACUCCUUAGUCAGCAUUCAGAAAAAUCUGCAAGGUGAUACCCAUUUAAAUGAAGCAUCAUGUAAUGAUUUUCUAUUUGAAAGAAAAUCUCUGGUGAGUUUAAUGCCAGAAGAUCAGAUAAGUCCUAUAAAUGAGGUUUUAAAGCCCUGCAAAGAUACUGUUCAGUUACCACCAUCCCCAGAAUUUGAUUACAGACCUGGGUCGGAAAAAGCUGUACAGACCUCACAUGACAGUAUUCCUCGUUUAGAUGAACAGAGCAUUGACUGUGAGAUGAAUAAACUUUCUUGUACUAGCAAACUGAUUAUAAAUAAUGUAGAAAGUGAAUGUGUUUUAAAUCAACAAGUGUCCCUUAAUUCUCUAGAUCACACAAAGUUGCCAACUGACUUUCUACAAAAUAUAAACAAAGAGAUGCCUUUAGAAACAAGCAAAGAUGCCCAGCCAAGCCAUCACCCUUCAUUAGAGGAUGGAGCAGAUGUUUUUACUAAUGCCCAAACCAUUCCCAUUAAGACAAAAUUGAAAGACAUCUCUCCACCAUGUGACAAAAUCUGUGGUGCCUCUUCAAGCAGUCCUACCUUAAACAUCAAACCAGAAAACCUAGAGAGAAAAAAUAAAAUGGCUGAUUUAAGAACAAAGGAUCUACGUUCCAGGUUUCUCUCAAGUAAGAAAGAAGUAGCUGGCUUUCCUCAAGUGGUCUCUGUUGAAGAAUGUCAAAAUGUUCGAUCUCAGGAUACCUCUCACCGUCAUUGCGUAAGACAUAAUGUACCAGAGGAGAACAUCUUUCCUUCUUGUGCUACUUUUGAGUCCAGCAAAGUCAGCCUGAAAGUUAACAACUCUUUGAUAACAAAAUAUGAAAGUGCAUUUCAACACAGCACCAGCCACACUCAAGGGACAGAGGACUCUGUGGAAGAUAACAGCUAUGAAGUUAGUGGUACAGCAGAGGGAAGUGAUCUCGAUGGGAAAGAAACUAAAGGCAGCCUUUCCAGAGAUGAGAUAAAAAAUGAAAUGAUAGCAGUCCUGUUAAAUACUGGCAUUUCAAACAAAGCUGUUUGUACCAAGAGUCACAUCAAACCCAGUGAGGAAAGGUUAGAAGGAGAGAAACGGGAUAUACCCAAAGAGACUGUACUUUGUAAGUAUAACAUCUCUGAUUAUGCUGCACAAGAACUAACUCAAUCUGCAAACAUUCCAAGUCCUGAAGUAUUGUUGGACCAGACUCCUACUGAUAUGUUUACCAAUUUUAAAAACACAAACAGAGCAGCUGAAACUUUUGAUCACAAGGCAGAUGAAGUUCUUAACUGCCAGAGUAAUUGCCAAAACAAACCUAAUAACGGCAGAAAUGAAGACAAACCAACUAAGGCGAUGCUAGGUAGUAACCAGAAAGACACCAUCACAGAUCCUAAUGGGACAGUACGCCAUCACAGAAAGGAUCUGCCGGUCAUUUCAAUCAGUAAUAUCCCACAGCUUUGUGGUAGACCAAAGAAAGGUGAUUUGAAAGGAGACUUUGAAAUUAUUUCUGGUUGUGAAGAGUCCACAGACGGUAUGAUGGAUGCCAUAUACACAGACUGUGGUAAUAAACCUGCAGGAGGCAUGUUGGCCGUGACAGCAUCUAGUGUACUUGACAGUGUAGCAAGGCCAGAUAGAUCGCGAUUUGUGGAAACCUCGAGCAGUACCUUGUCUCAGAGAGGAGAACCGACUGCUGCAUUUAUGGGAAGGACUGACCAGGGCUCAGAUUUCCCAGAUGCUGCUGGUUCUACAGUGGAGUCUCUUGAAAUAAAAAAAUCAUGUGAAGAGAGACCAUGUAGAUCUUUAAAAGACUCCGAAAUGGAAAAGUGUUCAGAGAUAGAGCCUAUUUCAGAUCAUGAACCAAAUAUAAGAAUAUUGGAUGGAGUAAAUGUGUCUUUAAAUUAUAAUCAUCAUAAACAGCUAAGUAAAGGAGCAUCUCUGAGAGAAACAGAAGAAGUGACUGAAGGAUCAAGAUUAGAAGUAAAUUCUGGGUUUGACAAAGAAAAUGCCAUUGAAGUUUCCCUGCAAGACUUGAUGUUUUCUAGGUGCCAAGAAGAGAACUCUCUUUCCCUAGGCAGCCUAGAAUCCGUUGAGAUAAUGCAUUUGUGUCUGUCUGCUCAAGAAAAUUCAGAAACUAAUAUUAAUAGUGAAGGAACUGACCUGAAAACUCCAUUUAAACCAAAAGUUGAUGAAAUGCUUCAUGAAAAUGUAAAGGACUGCACAGUCCUGCCCGAAAUGAAGGAAGGAAUACCAAGAGAUACAAAUAAUUCUAGCAGAGAAGGCAGCAUAUAUAUCAGUGUGGAAAAGAAUGCUCACAAACCUGGUCAUUCUCCUGAGAAUUCCACACAUAGGCAUUUGCCUUUGACAAUGAAAACAGAAUCUAAAGUGAUAGGAAAAGAAACUGAAGAAUAUCAGAGGGAACCACUGGGUUGUUUACCUGUUGGGAAGAAAUCUGAAGAGAUGGUUAUCAGAGAUAAUGAUACUGCUUGUAUGAGCAAGAUUUCUCAGACUCACUCCCAAUGUCAGAGAAUGCUUGGUGAUGCUGGAAAACACCAAAGCCAGAAGCAUUUGGAAUACAUGUCACAGAAAGAAGAAUGUUCACAUUGGAACGAAGCACAUUCAAUAUUGAAACAAUGUGUAUCAUCUAACAUGUUGUUAGACAAUGCCCAAAACAAGAACCAGCCUGAGAUUGACAAAGAUGUUUCUGCCAUGAUGAAAGAAAUCACCUUAGCAAAGCUGGCCCAGGUGGACAUUGCUGCCCUUACUCAGAAGGUGGAAAAGUUAGGCCAUCCUCUAAAGAAGGACAUUGAGUUGUGCAUAGGUCCUUGCCUUCCUGGUGCCUCCAGGAAAGCACAAGACCCUAACACUGCUAGGUGUGAUCAGAUACAUGGUGCCUUUGGGAAGAAAGAAAUACUUCCCUUAAAGAAGCAGCCCCAUCGAACAUGUAAGAAAGUUUCCCGUCAGGAGCAAGUCAGUGUGGGGAGAAAAAUAAGCAAAAUUAGAAGUUCUGCCUUUGUAAAGAGUUCCUCUGAUCCCAUCUCCACAAAAGUACAUAGACUUCUUAGUUCAAGCGCUGUGUCUCCACCUACACAAUUAGAACCCAAAACACUGCCUGCCAGUAGCUUGAUUAGCCACAUACCAAAGCAGAAGGCUACACCAUGCCAUCCUUUGAGGAGCAUGAAUUUUAGGAAGCCUACCAAAGAAGCAGCCUUAUUGAACAAGCUGUCCAUCCUUGCCUCUAGACUGGCCCCAGCCGCAAAGAUCCAGAAACUAAGAUAUCAGCGGUGUUCCUCUGAACUUCUUCCAGUGGCUAAAACCUACAAGCGCCUCAGAUAUAAACGGUUCCUGGAUGGAUUUUCAUACAGUAUGACACAGCUGAAUCCAUAUUUGGCAGCUAGUGGAUGGGAUAAGAGGCCUAACAGUAAGCCGUUGACAUUUUAUUCUCUUGAAGCCAUCAAAAUGAGCUUCAUAGAUUUGAGCAACAAGAUGCCAUCGCUGCUCUUUGGUUCUGAAAUCUUGCCAGUAUCCUUUCACAUGAAAUCAGGCUCAGAUUGUGUGGCUGGGUCCUCCAGGACUUUUCCCGAGCACUGUGCUCCAGCAAGGCUUGCCUUAGGAGAGGUCCCCCGGUACCAGUCACAGCCUUCCAAGUGGACCUUUUCUUUCUUCUUGUCCCACAUUUGCCCUGGGAUGGCCACAUUCAGGGAAGACGCUGGCCUCCAUAGUCAGGCACACACUCAGGCUCCUCCACAGCCUCCCGCUUCUCUCCAAGACUACGGAGGUACUGCCAUAGUCCAGACCAGAGCAGACUGCUCUGUCCUUGGCCUUCACACGCUUCUAGCACUUUGUUCCCCAGGAUGUUACCGAAUCUGGACAAAAAAACGGAGCUUCUCCAGUCACAUGCCUUCCAUGCAGAGGCUCUUCAUGACCCAGUUUACACAGGGCCUGAAAGGGUUGAGGUCUCCAGCCUCCAUAGCAGACAAGGUCUUCUGUUCUCUGCCCUACUCAGUGGGCAGAGUGCUGUCCAUUUGGAGUCAGCAUGGGCCUUCUGCCUGCUCCUUCGAAAUCUCUGCUCUUCAUUCUACUCCCAGCAAGCAGCAAACAAGUUUGGGCACUGUGAGCAGCCACACCAUAUUACCAUAUGUGCCUCUCCCAGGCGUGGAAGCUUCAUAUAACACCAGAGGCAGUCAGAUGAGGUUAGAACCUACAUUCUCUGCCUUGGUACCAAGGUCUUGCUUGGUAACAGAAUCAGCUGUGAGCAAGCUCCUGCUUUCAGCCUCUGACUUCCAAGUUCCUGGAUUUGAUGAGUUGGAUGGUGUGACAGUAGCAUGUCCCUGCCCACAGAGCAGCCCUCCAGAACAGAAAGAGGCUGAGCCAGAGAAGAGGCCAAAGAAAGUCUCGCAGAUUCGCAUCCGGAAAACCAUUCCUAGGCCAGAUCCUAAUCUUACUCCCAUGGGCCUUCCUCGACCCAAAAGGUUAAAGAAGAAGGAAUUUAGUUUGGAAGAAAUAUAUACCAAUAAGAAUUAUAAGUCUCCUCCUGCAAACAGGUGUUUAGAGACCAUCUUUGAGGAACCCAAGGAACGAAAUGGUACGCUAAUCUCAAUCAGCCAACAGAAGAGGAAGCGAGUUCUAGAAUUUCAGGAUUUCACAGUCCCACGAAAGAGGAGAGCUCGAGAAACUCAUGGAACUGGAGACCUUCUUUGCCAAGGAAGAGGAACAGGAACAAUCAUCAGGUUGAGAACCAACCCACUGGGGAGUCUCAAUUUUAGAUUUACUUUGGACCUCCUUGGAAGAGGUUGCCUGAUUUUUGCCCAACUGCCCAAACUACUCAACAUGCACAGUUUAUGAAUUUUUACCUAUUUCAAGGUGCAACCUUUUUAGGAAGUGGUAAAGGAGGGUCCUCUACUUCUACUGCUGAGUUUAGAACCUCAGGAAUGUUCCCUUUUUCCUGGAAAUGGUCCUGAAUGACAUCUGGCCGCCUCCUCUCAAUCUCUGCCAUCCACAGGAGCAAAAAGCGGCAUAUUCAAAGUAACACUAGGAUUCCAAGGACUCACAGGAUUUGCACGUCCACAUGAAAGUUCCACUUUGUUUACAGUGGUGCUAGACCAAGAUUAUUUAGAAGCGUGGCCUAGGGAGGGGGACCUGGUGUCCUGUCCUGCGGGGUCCCACCAGCUCAUUUCAGUAGUUAAGGAGUGAUGA